UCUUCCAAAACCUGUCCCCAUGUGUGUCCAACCUUAGGUACCUAUUUCAAUUGUAUUAUGUUUAUGGUUGCAUCGUCGGUGGUACUGACGGUUGUGGUAUUAAAUUAUCAUCAUCGUACGGCGGAUAUACAUGAAAUGCCACCAUGGAUACGUUCCGUAUUUCUACAAUGGCUGCCUUGGAUUUUACGCAUGAGCCGACCUGGUCGCAAAAUAACCAGAAAGCACAUACUCUUAACGAAUCGCAUGAAGGAAUUGGAACUGAAGGAGCGAUCGUCGAAAUCACUGCUGGCCAAUGUACUGGAUAUCGAUGAUGAUUUCCGGCAUACCGUAUCGGGGUCUCAGACAGCGAUUGGGUCAUCGGCGAGUUUCGGCCGACCCACAACGGUGGAAGAGCACCACAAUGCCAUCGGUUGUAAUCACAAAGAUCUCCAUUUAAUUCUUAAAGAAUUGCAAUUUAUAACGGCGCGCAUGCGCAAGGCCGAUGAUGAGGCGGAGCUAAUAAGCGAUUGGAAAUUCGCAGCUAUGGUUGUGGAUCGAUUUUGUUUAAUUGUCUUCACCCUGUUCACAAUCAUCGCCACAGUGACAGUUCUGCUGUCAGCACCCCAUAUAAUAGUUCAAUAAAAUUAGGAGAAUAAUGUC